CUCCUCCCAGCCUGAAAGUUUAAACACCCCCAGGGAACCUAUCUGUGCUAGGUGGAGGCUGAGUUCAGCUCAGAAGGAGCCAGGCACUUGGAAGCAUGUCGGGGAAGCCCAGGCUUACCUACUUUGAUGGAAGGGGGCGAAUGGAGCCCGUACGAUGGCUGUUGGCAGCAGCUGGUGUGGAGUUUGAAGAAAAAUUUCUGGAAACAAGAGAACAGUAUGAAAAGCUGAUAAAAGAUGGAGAACUGAUGUUCCAGCAAGUGCCUCUGGUUGAGAUCGACGGGCUGAAGCUGGUGCAGACCAGAGCCAUCCUCAGCUACAUAGCAGGGAGAUACAAUCUCUAUGGAAAAGACCUGAAGGAGAGAGCCCUGAUUGACAUGUAUGUGGAAGGAAUAACAGAUUUGAUGCAUAUGAUUUUGGUGUUUCCUUUCUCGCCAUCUGAGGCAAAGGAGAAAAAUAUUGAGUUGAUUAAGGAGAAGGCAACUAACAGGUACUUCCCAGUCUUUGAAAAGGCUCUGAAACAGCACGGCCAAGACUUUCUUGUGGGCAACAGAUUCAGCUGGGCAGAUGUUCAGCUAACUGAAGCCAUUUUAGCAGUGGAGGAGAAAAUACCUGCUGUGCUGUCAGUAUUUCCCCAGUUGCAGGCUUUUAAAACAAGAAUGAGCAAUAUGCCUACAAUUAAGAAGUUCCUGCAGCCUGGCAGCCCAAGGAAACCCCCACCAGAUGAGCAUUAUGUACAAACUGUGAAGAAGAUUUUGAAGGUGUGAAUGCCUUUCUACCUUUGAGACCCAAAAUACUGAAAAAAAAAAUUUGCCCAAACCAAAAGAAAUAGGAAGCUCAGUAAAUUAGUAUCACUGUAGUUAAAACCAGUGGUAAAAAAAGACCAAAACCAAAAUAAAGCAUUCUGAUUAGUCCG